CUCUUAGUGAAAAGCUCUUUCUCGUUUGCCAGAUCUCUUGGGAUUUAAAUUUUUCUUUUUUAUUUUUAUUUUUAAUUUUUCAAUUAAAUCAGAUUUCGAUUGAUUAAUAUCAGCCAUGAUUUCUUCAAGCAAGAUCAAGUCCGUCGAUUUUUACAGGAAAAUCCCUAGAGAUUUGACUGAGGCAACGCUCUCCGGUGCAGGGUUAUCCAUAGUAGCAGCAUUGGCUAUGAUGUUUUUGUUUGGAAUGGAAUUGAGUAAUUAUUUAACAGUCAGCACCUCUACAACUAUUAUUGUUGACAAUAGUUCUGAUGGGGACUUUUUACGUAUUGAUUUUAACAUCAGUUUUCCAGCGCUCUCUUGUGAAUUUGCAUCUGUUGACGUGAGUGAUGUCUUGGGAACUAACAGGUUGAAUAUAACAAAAACAAUCCGAAAGUUUUCUAUAGAUCCACAUUUAAGACCCACUGGUGCUGAGUUUCAUUCCGAACCUGUUCCACAUUUCAUUAAGCAUGGAGAUGAAGUUGAUGAAGAAACUGUUGAGGGUUCCAUACCAUUAAAUGGUGUUAGCUUUGACAAACUUUCACAUCAGUAUCCAAUUUUGGUUGUCAAUUUUUAUGCUCCUUGGUGCUACUGGAGUAUUCGCCUGAAACCAUCCUGGGAGAAAACUGCCAAGAUAAUAAAAGAGAGAUAUGAUCCAGAAACGGAUGGGCGUAUUCUUUUGGCAAAGGUUGAUUGCACUGAAGAAGUUGACUUGUGUAGGAGGCAUCACAUUCAAGGGUAUCCAUCCAUUCGCAUUUUUCGUAAAGGCAAUGAUGUGAGGGAGGACCAUGGGCACCAUGAACAUGAAUCUUAUUAUGGAGAUCGUGAUACAGAAACCCUGGUUAAGACGAUGGAAGAUUUGGUUGCUUCUAUUCCACAGGAGAACCAGAGGCUGGCUUUAGAGGAUAAAUCCGAUGCAACAAAAAGACCAGCACCAUUGACAGGAGGAUGCAGAAUUGAAGGAUAUGUGCGAGUAAAGAAGGUUCCUGGCAACCUUAUUAUCUCCGCUCGUUCAGGAGCCCAUUCUUUUGAUGCUUCUAAAAUGAACAUGUCUCAUGUCAUUAGCCAUCUUUUGUUUGGUAAAACAAUUUCACCUCGGGUACUGAGUGAUGUGAAGCGAUUAAUACCUUAUCUUGGUAGAAGCCAUGACAGGUUGAAUGGUCGGUCAUUCAUUAAUCACCGGGAUUUAGAUGCAAAUGUUACUAUAGAGCAUUACCUUCAAAUUGUCAAAACCGAGGUAGUUACAAGAAAAUCUUCUCGUGAUCAUACAUUAGUCGAGGAAUAUGAGUACACAGCGCACAGCAGUCUGGCACAGAGCAUAUACAUACCUGUUGCGAAAUUUCACUUUGAGUUAUCUCCAAUGCAGGUUUUGGUAACAGAAAACUCAAAGUCAUUUUCACACUUUAUCACCAAUGUAUGCGCUAUAAUUGGAGGUGUUUUCACGGUUGCUGGGAUUUUGGAUUCAAUUUUUCACAAUACAAUUAGGUUGAUGAAAAAAGUAGAAUUAGGCAAAAAUUUUUGAUAGCCAGGCAAAAAAAUUGUUAUUCUGUAAAGAAUUCUAAUUAGCGAGGAUUAUUCUAAAGAAACACAGUUGAGUUCAGUUAUUCUUACUUUUUGUCUUGAAGUUUAUUCAUAAAGCGUGCCAAUAUUUUAUGAGUAAAAUUUUAUAUGCAUCAGAUUUACCUGGAAGAACGUAUUUUUAGGAUCGUGCCAAUGUAAAAGAAUGCAUUUUUACGAUCAUCCGAAGAAGAAAUUAGGAUUUACAUGGAAAAUUAUAUUUUUAAGAUCAAUUGACGAGGAUGUUGGGUUUGCGCAAAACCUGGAACUCGUAUUUUGGUUCGUUUAAUACACGAAGACCUAUUAGGAGUCUUAUUUUGGUUCGUUUAAUGCACAAAG